UCACUCAGCAGCGGAGCCGGGCGGAGGGGGCGAGCGCGGGGCGCGCGGGCGGGAAGCGAGGAGGCGGGCGGGCCAGCCAGGAGCGCGGAGAAGAAAAGGCGCGAGCGGCCGAGAGGGCACAGGCCAGACACCUUGCUGCUGCCGCCGCCGCCGCCGCCAAGCCGCCCCUGUGUUUACUGAUCCAUCUCCAGGGCCACCGCCAUGUCCAGCCGGGGUGGGAAGAAGAAGUCCACCAAAACCUCCCGGUCCGCCAAGGCAGGAGUCAUCUUCCCUGUGGGCCGGAUGCUGCGGUACAUCAAGAAAGGCCACCCCAAGUACAGGAUCGGAGUGGGCGCGCCUGUGUACAUGGCCGCCGUCCUGGAGUACCUGACAGCGGAGAUUCUGGAGCUGGCUGGCAAUGCAGCAAGAGACAACAAGAAGGGCCGGGUCACGCCCCGGCACAUCCUGCUGGCCGUGGCCAACGAUGAAGAGCUGAAUCAGCUGCUAAAAGGAGUCACCAUCGCCAGCGGGGGAGUGUUACCAAACAUCCAUCCGGAGUUGCUAGCGAAGAAACGAGGAUCCAAAGGGAAGUUGGAAGCCAUCAUCACACCACCCCCAGCCAAAAAGGCCAAGUCUCCGUCCCAGAAGAAGCCCGUGUCUAAGAAAGCAGGGGGCAAGAAAGGGGCCCGGAAAUCCAAGAAGAAGCAGGGAGAAGUCAGCAAGGCAGCCAGCGCUGACAGCACGACCGAGGGCACACCCGCCGAUGGCUUCACUGUGCUCUCCACCAAGAGCCUCUUCCUCGGCCAGAAGCCGCCCCAGUGAUGCCAAUUUGCCAGGACGCCAUGGUUUUGUAACAAAUGAUUCACUUUUGUUGAAAAUAAAAAUGAUGCAAAGGCUUUUAAGACCUGAGAAUGAGAGUUCAUAUUUCUCUGUUAACGCCAAAAUAGGGGGUGGAGAGAGAGUGGGAAUUACUUUUCUGAAUUUUUUUUAUCCUACUUUAAAAAAAAAUUAAAAGCAUGGAUUUGAGCUUCCAUGUAAAUCGCAUUCAGUUUGCAUGUGGUGAACAACUUGGUUCUGAAGCUGCAUCAUUUUUAAAACCUCACUGUCAGUUUUCUUUGGCAUCUCAGUGACACAGUCCUGCUCACGUCAUUGCAAGUGCUCCUUCUCCCCCUCCCUCUUCCUGUCGCUAAUUGCACUCAGGCUCCCAUGAUGCAAUUCCUGUGGUGGACUCUGUGUUCCAGCAAAUAACCAUUACAGUGUACAUUUUAUAACCAUUAUCUGUAUUUUGUAUGCAUUUUUCAAAGGAAAAAAUAAGCAGCACUAUCUGUCAUCUUAAGGUCUGGGGCUUUGAAAGUUUUUGUUUAAAAUAUUUUUUAUUUAUAAAAUUUCAGCUCAGCAGUGAAGGCAACCACCUGGGUUUACUUUCACACCCUUUAACCUGUCCUUUGGGUAAUAUAUUGAAAGUUAAUGUGACCUGUCAUCCUAAUUGCUUUGGUUUGAACUAAAGUGCAAAGAAGCUCUGCGAUUUAGGACUAGCUCCAGUGUGCUUCAGAUCCCUAAUGCUGACGAUUAGAGCCAGGACUUGGAAACCUGUUAAGCAGGUAGAACAGUUCAGUGCCUGGGUCCACCCUCUCCCUCACUCCUUCCCGUACCCUACUCUCGCGUGCCCUGGCCUCUCCCUUCCCUGUGCUCUUCUCGCUCUCUCCUGCUGGUUACCCCAAAGCCAGCAUCAAGUCAGAACUCCUCACACCCCCUUGCUGGAUUUCCGGAAUAGCCAUACAAAUGUCCAUGUACAAAUGGAGAUGCCCUUCUUGCCCUUCUUGGCCUUGGGAUCAGGGCCUCGUCUGCUGCAUACGAGCCCUGGAAGGGAAGGGAGGCAACAAAGACUGCAGACACAUUGCUAGCUCCUCUGUGACCAAGCAGUGCCUUCUCUUCUCCAUUUUGGGUACAGCCUGGUCCCAGGCCUCAGGACCAGGCACCACAGGCAGGAGAGUACCAGAAAGUGCAAAUCCAGCUAAUACUGACUAUACGCCACUCACGGUUGGGGAGGGAGAGUCCAAAAAGCUAUAGAGAAGCACUGAUACUCUAUAGUCAUUUACAGGCAUGUUAUCUAAUAUUAUUUAGGAGAUAGAGGAAAAUGGAAGAUGGAGGCUUGACAGAAAAACUAAUGUGGCUUUUUGAUAUCUUGACUUUUGGAGGGAGAGCCUGAAGGGACUGGUUGAACUGGAGCCCAGUGUAACAUGGUCAGCUGUGAGAGAAGGGGCUGAGUGCAGAGCCAGAAAGUACACCUGCCUUCUUUCCCGUAUCACACAGUCCGGUGUGAGUGGUGAGAACAGAACCCCAAACUACCACAAGGCGGCCCUUUGCUUCCAGCUUAAUGACCCAGGACACACGCAUCCAGGAUGAGCUACCCCCAAAUCCAGCCCUGCAGGUGCCCUUUAGCAGAGUAAACUGUGUCUCCCCAAAAGUGGUGUCACAGAAUAAAGCAUCAUCUCAAGUCAGCCUGGGCACCCUGUUAGAAGCUAGUGUCCUAACAGCCCUUUCUGGAACCCUGUGCCCUGCAGCAUGAGAGGGAAUAAGUAUUCAUAGUUGAGAGCGUUAUUUUGAAGCAGGGCUUUCUGGCCCUUUAUAAAUAGUUUUUACUGUCAAGUGAAAGUCAUGGCAUUUAGUGCAAAAGGGGCCAGAGUGGUCAAACUGACACACAGGAAUUUUUACACAAAGCACAUUUUAAAAUGUCAUUAUUACAGACAUUAAUUUUGACUUGGAUCUUAGGAAGUGUUUCAGAAAGGGUGCUUUCCCAUGGUGACUGUAUGGUGCUCUGUGUUCUAUGAGUCUUACUUUCCACCUGUAACAGUGAAACCAAUGCUGGGAUAGUGCAAAGCAAGCUGAGGUCAGAAAGGUGAUACUGUGCUCGCUACAGCCCUGAAAGGCACAGUUGCUAAGCUACUUGCAGGAGAAGCUGGCCCAGGGCUUAGGAGCCUGGGAUCCAAUUGUUGUUGAUGAUAAUGUAUCUCACAUACUGACGUCUCAGGAGUAACCGCCCUCAUUGCUCUCUGAUUUUACCCAGUAUUCACACACAUUGUUGAAUUGUUUUCAAAAGGGAAACAGUGCUGUGAAUCUGAAUCGACUAAAUGUGUUUGCUUUGUGGUUCAGUGGAGAUUCUCAGCUUCUUCUCAAGAUUUAAAAAGCUUAAUGUCCAAAAAAAGUGCAUUUCUAUAAAUCUGUGUCAGUGGUAGUAAGCGAUGUAGGCUUCCUUGGAAGAGUCAGUAUUAUUAGAAGCAGUUGGGAAAGCAGUGUCAGGAGGGCAUGCGUGUGUGCCUCCCCAGCUAUCAGGAUUGCAGUCACAGCCCUGUGGGCCGCUAGAGGCAGGGGUAGGUACCAUGGGUUUUCUUCCUCAGAUCCAGACACCCUAGUCCCGGGGGCUGGGGAACAGUAAAGAGAGAGGGAGCUCUUGAAGCAGGAAUGAGGAGGAAAGGCCCACCACCCUCUUCCACCCUAUGGCUGACGACUGGCUUCUGAGACAGUUUAGGACGCUGAUGAAGCCAUGCUUCUGGGCCUCCAGCAGUGCACACAGCUGUCCUUGUCUUUGUGUGGCACAUUCUAGCCUGAAACCCACCCGAUGCCACCUCCAGGCCUGAGGCCUCUGGGGGAAUUCAGGCUGGAGAUGCGUGCAGGCUGGCAGCAUAGCACAGAGGAAGGAGUCCCUCCACCCCAGAGGCCAGGGCAGGAAUGGGCCCUGGAGCAGGCCACAGGGAACACAUGGUGAUUCAUGAGGAAGUGGAAACAGUUCUGUGGAAGACCUCACCUCUCCAUCUUCCUUAGUUAAAGUGGACCCUGGGGACAGGAAAAGCGUUGCAUUUUAUGUGGUGGGCACAGGGAAAGGAGUCUUCCUUGUCCAUUGUGAGGGAAUGAGAGAUACGAACAGGCUAGUCUGGACAGUGACAGGCUAGACUUAACAAGUCACUCAGAUAAUCUUUAAAAAUCACGUUUAUUUCCUAAAAUUGAAUUUCUGAUCACAUAUGUGUAAAAAAAAAAAGGAUUGUACUAUUUCCCGUAGCCAAGGAGGUCAUGUCAAGGCAGCCCAGAUGUCCAUCCAGUAGCCCCAAGCCACCAGCUCCUUCCUUAUCAUGGGCAGGCUGCCUCCCGACCUGCUCUCAGUGGUGGGUGCUGUCCUCCCUUCCAGGAUAGCCAGGUUAGCUCUGAGCCACCUCAGGUCCCAGCCAGGCCAAGGGCCCGGUUCCUGAGCUCUGGCCUUUCCGUUAGCUCUGCUUUCGGGGAAGCGGUUUGUUCACUUCAUCUUAAAGUUGUGUCUGGAUGUUUGACAUUCAGUUCCAGCUCUGUUUGUGGGCCUACAGAAACCCGAGCACUGUCUUAGGUAUUGGAUGGCCCUUGGGCAGGAGGCAGCCUGCACUUUGCCUUCAAGGAGCUUGUAGCCUAACGAGUUCACAUCAGGAGUAGACAACAAGGGUUAACUGGGCAUAACCCCUCGAGGGGAGACUGGGUACUGUAGACAUCAGAGGCUGGCUCCAGUAGAGGCCACUGACAUGAGCAUCAUCAGGUCCCCGUGGUUUAAGAGAUCUUGAAGGACACUUAGCUCAGUCCCCUUCCCCCAACCCUGCAGCCAAGUGGGACCCCCCUUCUGCUCUAUAACUGGCACUCUCUCCAGUGGCCAGCAAUCUUCACAGAUACUUUAAAUUCACCAUUCUGUGGUUUAAAACUUAGUUUUCCAUCUUUCCCAAUGUUAAGACAAGGAAGUAGUUACCUUGUUCAUAUUCUGAAAUCAUUAAUGACCCUCUUCCCUCCCAGAAAAUCAGACUAAACUUGGGAAUUUUCACAGUUUCCCAGAAAUCUGAUUUCCCAGCCCACAAAUACCCCUGCUCUGCCAUGUGCUUCAGACAGCUGUGGGCCCCUUUGGCUAAGAGGCCCAGGUGAAUUUGACCCUGGGUGGGCUUAGGGGGGCCUGGGACCUCCUAGGACUGGGCAUCUAUCCUGGGCCUGCCCGGCCUGUUGGUGUGUGUCCUCGGCACAGUGAGAUCCUUUUCAGGCAUGUGUAUAUGUGGCCUCUGCUUAUCCUUCUCCUGUCCAGGGGAGCUUCUGUUCUUGUUUCAUGACCAGAUGAUCAGAUCACUGUUGGCUUCUGCCCCCUGGGCCAGCCUGCCCAAGCCAAGAUGAUUGCCCAUCUGUCUUUCCAAAGUGCCUGAAGCAAUUUGUCCUCUCCCCUCCCCAUUCCUCUCCCAAACACACAAACACAGACCGCCCCCCUCCCCCAAGCACAUGCUUUAUAGUCCUCUAUAAUUGUACAUUUUUAAUAGCAACACUGUUUUGUGGCUCAGCCCCUCACCCUGAGGACUUCUGCUGAGCCUGGUACCCAGCAGAGCAUGAGGUGGGUGAGAGUGAGACUGCACUUGGUUAGCUGGGGCUUCUCCAUGCUGGUGGCAGUGGCUCCCUGAUGUGCAGGAUUCAGUGCUUCCAAGAGCGGGGCUGCUUCUGCUCAGAGGGAAGGUGGUAAGCCCUGAGUCAGCUGGGAAUUCUGUUUGCAACCGCUCCCUCGCUUCAGCAAGGCCACAAAGCCCUGCACUUUGCCCCAGAAAGCCCUAAAGAGCAGCGGGAGUGCUCCCCAGGCAGAGGCAGAGACAGUCUACCAGGGUCUCCCCGGCUAGUUGAAUCAGAGCCCAUGGCAGGAGCUGAUUUUCCGGUGAGACAUUUCUGAAUACAAAUCCAGAAGUGUGUAUACAAUUAGAAAAAAA